AUGACCUCAUGCAAUCCACCAAUGGCAACAAUGACAUCCCAUCCAAUCACUCGCUUUAUUCCUCAGUCAACUUGGCAUUUAAUCGAGCCUCACUUCACACCGUUCGGGAAAGAGAAGUUGGAAAAAGUGAUUGAGUUUGUGGAGAAUGAAUGCAUUCCCGCUGAGUCAAUCUACCAUGCUCAAAUCUCAUCCGAUCCGCAAAAGAGAUGGUCCACUGUGCCGAAAAUAAUGGAAGAUUUAAAAUCAAAAGCCCGCUCUCGAGGGCUCUGGAAUCUAUUUCUCUCCAAGGCACACUACCCUGAGUUAGGUGUACCGCUGACGAACUUAGAAUAUGCGGUGAUGGCCGAAGUGAUGGGACAUGCCAUCCGCAUUGCUCCCGAAUCAAUGAAUUGCUCGGCUCCCGAUACUGGGAACAUGGAAGUCCUGGCACGCUAUGGAACUCCGCAACAAAAAGAAAAGUGGCUCAAGCCGCUCAUGAAUGGCCAAACUCGUAGCUCUUUUGCAAUGACUGAGCCUGCAGUGGCAUCAUCUGAUGCGACAAACAUCCAAACUAGCAUAAUGUUUGAUCGGGAAAAGCAGCAGAUUGUCAUCAACGGUCGCAAGUGGUGGAUCUCGGGUGCGGGUGACCCGCGCAACGCUGUUCAUUUGGUCAUGGGCAAGUCAGACACUUCUGCCCCCAAGCAUUCUCAGCAAUCAAUCGUCAUUGUACCUCCUGGUACGCCUGGCGUUAAGCUGAUACGCCCGAUGCAAGUGUUUGGCUAUGAUGAUGCACCCGAAGGACAUUUCGAGGUUUUGUAUGAAGAUGUUCGGGUGCCUAUUGAAAACUUGGUGUAUGAUUGGGGGAAAGGAUUCGAAAUAGUUCAAUCCCGACUUGGCCCAGGCAGAAUUCAUCAUUGUAUGCGAUCAAUCGGUAUUGCGGAACGCGCGAUAUCUCUAAUGCUACUUCGAGUGACGGAUCCGCGCAAGAUGACCUUUGGCAAGCAACUUUACCAACACGGGGCGACAGCAAAAGAAAUUGCAUAUUCGCGUAUCGAGUUGGAUGGAAUCCGAUUGUUAGUUUAUUCAGCCGCACAUCAGAUUGAUCUGGUCAAAGCCAAAGGAGCGAUGAAGUCGAUAGGAAUGGCCAAGGCGCAAGUACCCAAGGUUGUCAAUGCUAUAAUCGAUCGAGCGAUUCAAGUGCAUGGUGGUGAAGGGGUUAGUCAAGAUCAACCUUUGGCCGCUAUGUUUGCGGCUGUGAGGACAUUGAGAAUGGCUGAUGGUCCCGAUGAAGUUCAUGAGGCCCAAGUGGCUCAAAUGGAAUUGAAGCGCGUCCCACUACUGAGGCAACAACUGGCAGCUAAAGUCGAGGCCGAGAAGGCCCUGCGUGUCAAUUAUCGAAUUGCAGGGUCCAAGUUGUGA